AUGGCAGCGGAGGAUACACGGAAAGCGGUGUCACAGCCUAUUUCAGAGGUCGGUUCUCUCUCGACAUCCCAUGGCAACCACAACAACAACAAUAACAACAACAAUAACAACAAAGAUAGUGAAGGAAGCGAAGGCACAACGUCAGCUGCUGUUGAGUCAAGUGGUGCCGAGCCCCAGAUCAUUGGGAACGGUUCUGGAAUCGGCACCAGCAGCGGCAACAAUGGUAAAUGGGUUCGUCUUAAUGUUGGUGGCACCGUAUUCCUGACCACGCGACAGACUCUUCUGAAAGAGCAGACUUCGUUUCUGUACCGACUAUGCCAGCAAGAAGACUUGCACUCUGACACGGAUGAGACUGGUGCAUACGUGAUUGACAGAGACCCUACCUAUUUUGGCCCCAUCCUGAAUUAUCUUCGACACGGCAAACUGGUCUAUAACAAGGAGCUGGCAGAGGAAGGCGUUCUGGAGGAGGCCGAGUUCUACAACAUCACGCCGCUGAUUAAGUUAAUCAAAGAGAGGAUUCUAGAGCGUGACUGCAAGGCGACACAGGUCCCUCCGAAGCACGUGUACCGGGUGCUGCAGUGUCAGGAGGAGGAGCUGACCCAGAUGGUGUCCACCAUGUCGGACGGCUGGAAGUUUGAGCAGAUGGUGAACAUUGGCUCCUCUUAUAGCUAUGGCACAGAGGACCAGGCUGAGUUUCUGUGUGUCGUGUCCAAGGAGUUGCACACAUCUGGUGGGGGUAUAGGAACAGAACAAAGCCACAAAACUAAGGCCUCGGACGUGCAGGAAGAGGAGGAUGGAGCAAGAGAUGAGGAGGAGGAGAGAGAAAGACAUGCCACACCGAAUGAGUGCGCUAGGGAUUAG